AUGGCCUAUAACAAAUACAAAAAGUCGAACAAAAACAGCAAUAUUCUGUUCGAGUGGCUCAAGAUGUCCGGGUACGCUCUCAAAAUCACGGCAGGGAGAACCAGGUUUCUCAUUUCAGAGGAUUGGGAGACUGAUGAGAACACUUGUGAACUCACACAUGUGCUCAUUCAAGUCCACCUAGAUUUCCUGGCCACCAUCUAUGACGUAAAGGCAGAUGGAAGACACAUCUACUUUGUCGACCGUGGAGAUUCGGGCCUAAAUUGGGCUGAUUGGGAAAAUGACAAGUAUACAUUCUUGGGUGAAAUCAGCGAGAGAGCGACAGAACCUAUGAUUCAAAGUGCCGGAAAGAUAAUUGCGGCUAACAUGAACAAGAAAGGAUACAACAUUCUCACCAACAACUGUAGAGACUUUGUUAACAAGUUAUAUACUGUGAUCAAAACACUGUGA